AUGUCAGGAACCACCUUCAACAUUAACACUUUCUGGAUCCCACAAGACAGCUCCCUGAACCCUCUAAGAAGCAUUUCUCUGUUCAGGUCCUCUGACUGUCUAACUGUUCAAGAAGGCAGCAGCAUCCGAAAUGAAAGCAAGACGGGUCACCAGCAGCUCUACUGGAGUCACCCAAGAAAAUUUGGCCAGGGUUUUCGCUCUUGCCGAGUCUGCUCAAACCAACAUGGCCUGAUCCGGAAAUAUGGACUUAACAUGUGCCACCAGUGUUUCCGUCAGUACGCCAAGGACAUAGGCUUCAUUAAGUUGGACUAAAUGAUCUUCCUUGAAUUGGCUGUGGAGAAAUCUACUGUAAAGCAGAAACUAACUCUUUGUACAUAAAAUAAAAU